GGGCCAAGGGGCUUGGGGGACCGGGCCGCCCGCAGGGACCGGGUCGCAGGGGACUGUCGGGCGCGACCCGCGAACCCGGCGCGGGUGGUGACUCGCGAAGCUCCUGGGAGCGCUGGGUUCCCGGGGCCGGACUCCGAGCCGGCAGGAACGAAAAGCCGGGCGGUGUGGAACGCCGUGGGUUGGCGGCUGAACUUGGUCUUGCUGGGAGCGUCGAUCUCGUCAGCCUGCGAGCUGUCCCCCGCCCGCUUCCUGCUUUGGGACUCUCUCACUAGCCCAGGGUCACAGACUGGGAGGAGGAAAGCUAAGGCACAGGGAGCCCCCUGUGGCUGUGGCACCACCUGCCCUGGAAAAUGUUGGAGGCUGAACCUGGCAAGAGGCCGACGGACCUGUUUUUCCUGUUUUCUGCAGAGGUCCCUGCAGCGGGUCCAGGCAGGUGCAUUCAUGAGUGAGGAAUCCAAGCCGGCGCUGAGCAUCCUACCAGCCAGAGCGCACAGGGCCCGGUCAGGGUGAUGGCGUUGGCGAGCCCGGGCCCCUGGAACAGCACCCUCAAUGACACUUGGGAAGGAGACGAGCUGGGCUACAAGUGCCGUUUUGACGAGGACUUCAAGUACGUGCUGCUGCCCGUGUCAUACGGCGUGGUGUGUGUGCUGGGAUUGUGUCUGAAUGUGGUGGCGCUCUACAUCUUCCUGUGCCGUCUCAAGACCUGGAACGCGUCCACCACCUACAUGUUCCACCUGGCGGUGUCUGACGCGCUCUACGCAGCCUCCCUGCCGCUGCUCGUCUACUACUAUGCUCGCGGCGACCACUGGCCCUUCAGCACGGUGCUCUGCAAGCUGGUACGCUUCCUCUUCUACACCAACCUGUACUGCAGCAUCCUCUUCCUCACCUGCAUCAGCCUGCACCGCUGCCUGGGUGUGCUGCGGCCCCUGCUCUCCCUGCGCUGGGGCCGGGCGCACUACGCCCGCAGGGUGGCCGCCGGGGUAUGGCUGCUGGUGCUCGCCUGCCAGGCCCCUGUGCUCUACUUCGUCACCACCAGCACCCGCGGGGACCGCAUCACCUGCCACGACACCUCGGCACCUGAGUUGUUUGGCCACUUCAUGGCCUACAGCUCCGUCAUGCUGGGCCUGCUCUUUGCCGUGCCCUUCGCUGUCAUCUUGGUAUGUUACGCUCUCAUGGCCCGGCGGCUGCUGCAGCCUGCUCAUGGCACCAGGGGAGGCCUGCCGCGGGCCAAGCGCAAGUCGGUGCGCACCAUCGCUGUGGUGCUGACCGUCUUUGUCAUCUGCUUCCUGCCCUUCCACGUCACCCGCACCCUCUACUACUCCUUCCGCACCCUGGACCUCAGCUGCCACACACUCAAUGCCAUCAACAUGGCCUACAAGGUCACCCGGCCUCUAGCCAGUGCCAACAGCUGCCUCGAUCCCGUGCUCUACUUCCUAGCUGGGCAAAGGCUCGUCCGCUUUGCCCGCGAUGCCAAGCCCCCCACAGACCCCAGCCCAGACCCCCGGGCUCACCGCAGGCUGGGCCUGCACCGGUCCAACAGGACAGACACCAAGAGGACAGAAGAAGUGUCAGCCAGCAGUGAAGACUCCAGGCAGACGGCAUCCACACCUGCUGAGAGCGAGAGCAGCAGGGACAUCCGGCUGUAGGCCCUGGGUGCCUUGGCUGUGCACAUUUACACAAGGGGACCUGUGGGGCACCAGGGCUUGGGCAGCUGGAUGGAGGGCUACUGGGGACUCACCGUGGUGACCAGACCCUGGGGCCUGUCCUUUGGCAGGGUCAGUGAGUCAGAGGGAUCCCCAGUCAACCCCUGCACAUGUGCAUGGGGGAACGAGGGUUCAUGGGAAGUAAGUGUGCAGGGCUGGUGCCACCUGACUUCCAUACCAGAAGCUACUCCGGCCAGCUCAAGUCAGAGGGAGAGUCAGGCAGGAGAGGGAGGUGUCCUCCCAAGGUCACACGUUGGAUUCAAGGCCUGAGCUCGCCAGAGUGGUGGCUCAGAGGAUCCCAGUCAGUGGUUAGGACUGAACUCCUGUGGUGGCAUGGGCCAGGACUGAGUGCCAUGGUGGGCUCAGGCCUCAAGGGUGGAUAUCUGGGGAUUCCCCAGGGCCGACAUCAAGGCUGUAACUUACACUAAAGUUGGGCUGCCUGCUGAGCUGCUGCCUGUCGCUGGUGAAGGACAGGGGCUGGGCCUGGGCAGCUGUCACCAUCCACACUAGGCUCCUCCCAGCUUGUUCUCUCCCACUGCCACCUGCCUUCCUCCCAACUGCUCCAGGGAUGCCUCACCCCAGGAAUCCCUUUCCAGACCCCAGGUCACCACUACUUUAAAGCCGCCAGUGCUUGACACUGCUCUGGGCAUAGGGAAGUAUCGCAUGGGUCACAUCCUUGGUGCUCCCUGGCUUAGGUGACUGCGGUCAGGUGCUGGUAAAUGUUAGACUAUUUAA